AUGGGCUUCUCAAAACCGCUUGCCACACUCCUGGUGGCGUUGGCUAGCCUCGCCACCGCCAAUUCAACGAACUGCAUUCUCUGGAACUCAUGCAACAUCACUGGCCCUAUUGGUAGUGUGCCCGGAGAGUGUGGGAAGAUGUUGGUGCCGCUUGACUACACCAACCCGAAUUCUACCCAGCGACUAGAAAUUGAGAUCUUGCGAAUUCCGGCAACCAAGCAACCAAAGAAAGGCAGCAUCUUCCUCAACUUUGGCGGGCCGGGUGCCAGUGGCAUCGAAGAUUUUGCAACAUUUAUCGAAGAGAUCAAGGCCGCCACCGGUGGCUACCACGAUCUCGUCAAUGUUAUUCCGAGGGGAACCAACAAUACAAUGCCCUUUUCCUGCUACACUAGUCAGGCUUCUCGCUACGUUGGGGAGAAGCCUCUCGCCACCAACGCGUCAGACGUUGCUCUCGCUGAAGUCUGGGCUCAGUCGAGCAUAUUCGUAUCAGCUUGCGAGACGCUGCAAAACGAUACAGGUCGACUCAUAGGCACGGCGUUUACAGCCCGAGACACGAUGCAAGUCGUUGAGGCCCUGGAAGAAGACAAGAUGCUACGCUACUGGGGUUUUUCCUAUGGCACCCUCCUGGGAGCGACGUUGGUGGCCAUGUUCCCUGACAAGAUUGACAAGAUUGUCUUGGAUGGCGUAGUGAAUCCCUUUGAGUAUUAUCAGAACACUGAAAGUGAGCGAAUGGCCUCUGUGGACGAUGUUAUUCGCGGCUUUGCCAGCGGGUGCGUCGCGGCGCCCACCGCGUGUCCUUUGGCACAGAACAUGACUUCCACGCAGCUAGAGGAGUCCCUAUACAUCUCGCUCGAACAACUCAAACAGUCCCCUAUACCGUUGCCCGACAUCGCUACUCUCGGAGGAGGCACCCUCAUUGACUACAGCACCUUUAAGAGCUAUAUCGUUUCAAUGCUAGACUUCCCACAAUUAUGGCCAGAAAUGGCGCAGACACUUGCCGGCCUGUCCAGUCCUGCGUCGAAUCCCCCGCCGGCCAGGACUGCUGACGCGGAGGCUCUGUGGGGCAUCAAGUGCAGUGAUGUGCUCACACACGCUGGCAGCGCGAUUGAUCUCCUGCCUGUCAUACAGGCCCGUCGUAGCCUCAGCCGAUUUGAGGGUGAUGCCACCGACAACCUGCUCUUUCGGUGUGCCCAAUGGAAAAUGCCCGCCAAGGAGCGUUACUCGGGCGACUGGAAUGUGAAGACCAAGAAUCCUAUCUUGAUCGUCAACAACCGUUAUGAUCCCGUGACGCCUCUUGUCUCGGCCAAGAACGUGAGCGAUACGUUUCAAGGGAGCGUUCUUCUGGAACAGGUCAGCUACGGCCAUGAUUCGAUGCAGCAGGGCUCCUUGUGCACCGCCAAGGCUAUCCGGGCGUACUUCACCAAUGGAGAGCUGCCAAAGAACGGUACCGUGUGUGACGACCUCAAGGUGAAGUUAUUCUCGGGUAAGACAGGCUGGGACGAGGUCAUACAAGAACUCAAUGCCGAUCCGGUCAAUUUAGGAUAA